GUUUAGUAUGUUCUAGCCUUUAGCAACGACUCCUUCCUUCGCCCGAGGAUUAGCGCACAACUAUCAGGUUUAUUGACAGUUAUCGAUAAAUACUUAAAGUAAUCGACUGUGAAUGGUGGUUGCUGAUAUAAUCAUGGUUCGACAAUUUUCUACAAAAAUAAACCGACGCAGUUUGUCGUCACUUUCAAUGCUAUGCGCUACGUUAACAUGGCUAGUCGAUUUAACAUAUUCUUCUGUGACGUGUGGCCCCGGUAUAAAAUCAAUCGGAGGUACGGUCCCAAGCGGUGAUAUCGUACUAGAAUACGGCAGCGGCGUUCCCUUGGAAAUCACAUGCAUCUUGCAAUCCGAUACCAUAAUAGUGCAAAACUUGUUUCGUGACCGAACGGACAGUAGUAAUAAAACCAAAUUUCCAAGCCACAGGAUCAUGUUUUAUAAGAAUGCUGAAAUCGUACCCAAACAAUACGUGACGAUCGUUAACGCCACAGCGGCUCAGCUGCGCAUCCCAAACCCCCCAGUUGGUCGAAAUACCUAUUAUUGCACACUAUUACUUGAUUAUGAAAGGCGACAAAACGACAGUUAUGUUGAUUCCGACGGCGAUCACUCGUCUACUACGUUAUCUAGUGGUCCAUCCACGUUUCCCCCCGUACAACCUGCACCUACAAGCUUGAACACGAAUGGAUCUCAUCAACCAGGGUCACAACUUGGGGUGUGUUUGAAUACGGUCUAUGUUGGACAUAAGCCUGAAAUCAUAAGAAAUUUUACAUGUAUCUCUAACAAUUGGGUCAAUUUGAAGUGCAAUUGGAAUACAUCAGAGAACCCAAUUAGAACCACUUAUAAAUUAUUAUUCCGAUUACCCGGACGUGCUGGAGGCAGAAUCUUCAUAAACUGUCCAACAGAUUCAGAUAUCAGAGAGAACACAUGUUAUUGGGAUUUUAAAACUACACCCAUGUAUAGACAACCUUACGAGUUUUACGAUUUCAGAUUAAACGGCCAAAAUGCUUUAGGAAAUGUAUCUACGUUCAUCAACUUUCAUCAUUAUGCCAACAUUAUUCCUGCGAGUCCUAUAAAUAUCACUGUAAUCGAUAAAACAGAGUCCAGUGUUAUGUUAAGAUGGUCAGUAGGAACAAUGACAGACUUUCCACGGGAAUUAAUUCAUAAGAUCGAGUAUAAGUCACAAUGGGAUUCCAAUCCUGAAUACUGGCAAUCUAUUAACAUAAGCGAUACGUGUAGUGCACCAAUAUUGUCCAAUAAAACAAAUACAUUUUUGUAUGACAUGAAUUGCCAAGAACGUGAUAAUGAUUUUUAUUAUUUUAAUGUCACUGAUCUAAAAUAUCCGUUUACACAUUACGAUUUUCGCAUAUACGUACGUUCUUCGCUUGCCCGAGGAGAGGAUAAGUGGUCUCCUCCUGGCAGUAUAACACUGAAAACAAAACCUUCAAUACCAAGAAGACCUCCAAGAACUGAUAUUGGAAGCUUUGAGUGUAUUACAUCAAGAAUCGACCAAACAAAAAGAGACGUGUUCAUUUAUUGGCAAAAAAUUGAUGAUAGUGAGAAAUGUGGUGACUCUUUUCAGUACCGAGCUUAUUAUACUUCAAACACAACACAAAAUAAAACCACAAUUCACUAUAGCAAUGAAAUAUAUGAAAAUUAUGCCAAGUUUCAAGGACUUAAUACUUCGGUUGGUUACAACUUUACAGUUUAUUCAUCCAACAACGAAGGUUUGUCGACAGAAUAUUCAACAAUCUACGUACCCAGUGAAUCAGAGAUACUUGAAAAACCAAUAUUUCUAACAAAAAUGGUAUUUGAUCAACAAGGUGUUUUUGAACUAUCCUGGAAAAGCAAUGGCACUACGAAAUCGUCCACUUCCGAUGAACUGAAUUAUUAUACAAUAUUCUGGUGUGAAAAUGUUAAAGGUCUUCCUUACCAGUGUAAUGGUUACGUGAACUGGACGCACGUCCCUGGUUCAGAAUUUCGUUACAAUGUCACUAUAUUGAAUUAUAAUGCUAAAAAUCACUACCAAUUUGCAAUAAGUGCUAACAGCCGACGUUUAUUGAGUAAUGAAUCCAAUCCUCAAAACAAUUUUAAUAGUAGUGGAAUGGUGUGGGAAUCGUGCACAAUACAAAAUAAUAUAACUGCUAGAAAAGUGGAGAACGUUUGGGUUAAUGUAGUCGGCUCGACGUUUAUUGGUUUGAAGUGGAAUAUUGACUGCACAGACAGAAUCGGUUUGGUUGGCGAAUAUCAAAUAUUUUAUUGUGCCGUUGUUUCCAUAACCAGUAACAUUUGCAAUGGAUCUAUGCUGUCCAAAACAAUGAGCAGAGAAGCGGCACAAAAAGAAGGAGGUUUUACUUUAUUAACGAAUCUUAAGCCUUAUACUACGUACAUUGUUUCCAUAGCAAUUAGUACAAAUUAUGGCAAAGGAAUACAUAGUGAUCCUUUACUAGUUACCACAUUAGGCUUAGGAGGAGGUUGGUAUUUUAAACAAGAAUAUCCCAAAAUUAUACAACAAAUAAUGAAACAUAGUUUAUAUUUUUAAUGCAUGAACCGUUGACGGUAGCUCAAUCAUAAUACAACAAUUGUUCUUGUUUUAAAAUAUUUUUAAUUGUAUAACAAAUAUAGGUACACCUAUACAGUUUGACUUCACUUACUAAGAACUUCAACGAUACUUUGCGUUCAAUUACGAUACGCAACUGUCUCGCCAUACGCACAUAGUAGGUACUGUUUAAUUAGUACCUACUUCAUCUAUAAAUCAUCCUGCGAACGAGUAGUGACAACAUUGUAUCUUGUUAAAUUUUAUGUAGCAUGCACUUGUGAAACCUAUUUUGACCUCGUAUAGUUUACACUCUCUUUAUAUUUAAAAUCAUUAUGGUUUAGCCAUUUAUGUAUACACGUUUAUUUUAUUUUAUUUUUUUAUCAGAGACCAUGAUA